AUGUAUGUUAUCAAUGGAAAAAAAUAUGUGGAUGCGAAUAAUAUCGGUUAUCUAGAACUGAACAAGUUGAAAAUAGAUGGAAUGCUCACAAUCCGAGUUCCAAAAUCAACUAAUCAAAAUAUUCCGUAUGAUACGAUGUGCUGGUCAAAAACUGUCAAGUCUGAGAAUAUUCGGCACGAACCGCGCUUCGUUUCUAUGGAUAUUUUCAUAACAAACGUUUCAACUGCUCGAUGUAUUCGAUAUGAAUGCAAAGACCUAUCCAAACACGUUUUCUCGUAUAAAGAUCACGUCUAUUCCCAUUACGUUGUCAUUGAUGAUUCAUUUGAGCUGCCCGACGCACAAAACGUGAAGAAGAGACGCUUAAAUGAGAAUGAAAUUGAUGAGUUGAGAUCUAAAAUUCUGCUGUAUAGAACAGUAGCUCACGCCAAAGUAAUUGCUCACCAGAAAGGAAUUGAUGUGACAACCAAGCAGACGAUUUUCGGCAAUUCAACCAAUUUCGAAGAGGAGGAUUCUGAAGAUGAUAUCGAUUCCAGAGAUGAUAUGGACUCGGAAAAUGAUAUGGGUGGUAACAAAGGUUCCGAAGACGAGACGGCUUCCAAUGAUGAAAUGGGAUCUCACGAUGACAUUAAUAAUAUUAACAGAAUUGAUGUCACCGAUGAAAUUGAUUCCAACGAUGGCUCGGAUGCUAAUGGAAACCACAAGUGCAGUUAUAGUUAUGAUCUGUAUGAUCGCAACGAGUCUAAUGCAAAAACUGAUUCAUACGAUUCUUCCCCAUCUCUCCGUUUGGAAAUUGCUCCUCGUCAAAAAUCUCAUCGUGGUCAUCCAUCGGACGAUAUGGACGAUUCCAUGCCUUCAAAUUCAACGGAAAGACGUCGUUCAUCUCGGAAAAGACAUAAAAAAAAGCUUCUCUCCAUUUCAACAAGCUUCAGACGACAAUUCAUACUACUAUUGAUUAAUUGA